AGUGUGUACACAGAGCUAUCAGAUAGUCAGUGAGGAAGAAAGUUCAGCCAGGGAGACAUUUCUCGAAGACUUUCCGGUUGACACUCAGGAUCCCUGAUGUAGUGUCACUUCUUUUCAGGAGAGAAAAAACACCAGCAGCCACGAGAAAUAUUCUACAACCAAGACUGUCAUCAUGGAAAGCUGGCAGCAAUCAGUUAACGCCUCAGCUGAACUGAAUAUUCUGCUGGUUGGUCCGAGGCGGACGGGCAAGAGCUCUACUGGUAACACGCUGCUAGGCGGGGGGCCGAUUUUUGACACCAAAGGAGGCGGAGCCAGCACAGCUGCCAGCGCCAACACUGUUGGACAUAUCGUGACCGUUGUGGAUGCACAAGGCUGGGGCUCAUCUGAGGAGUUUGUGCCCCGGGAGGAAAAAGUUGAACUGAUGCGGUCGUUGUCUCUUUGUGGACUCAGAGGACCUCAUGUUAUUCUGAUAGUGAUCCCUCUACUGGACUUUACUGAGCAGGAACAGAGAGCGGUGGAGAGGAGGAUGGAGAUGCUGACCCCCUCAGUGUGGAGACACACAAUGGUGUUAUUCACAUGUGGAGACUUGCUGGGGGGCAGAGGGCUGAGUGUCGAGGAAUGCAUCCAAUCAGGAGGCCCUGCUUUGCAGUGGCUGCUGGAGAAAUGUCACAACAGAUACCAAGUGUUUGACAACAAAACUGCAAAUAUUGGCAAGCAGGAGAGGAGAAAGCAGGAGGCCCAAGGAAGUGGGAAGAAAAAGGAGGGGAGAUGGUGGAGGAAAAAUGAGGAGGAGGUGGGGAGGAAGAGCAGAGCAGGCGAGGUAAAUGAAAGAAAGGCGGGAGAGCAAGAGCAGGUGAGUGAGCUGUUGGGUAAAGUGGAGGACAUGCUGCAGGAGAACGGAGGAUGGCACUUCUCCCUCCACAUGUAUCAGAGGAUUGAGGAGGAGUGGUGCCGCAGAAAGCAUUGCCUGAGGGAAGAGCAAGAGAAGCAGGAGGAGGGUGAGGAGAGGAAGAUGAGUAGAGGGGGUGAUGAAGAGGAACAAGAGAGAGUAGCGAUGAGCAGUGACGAGGACAGAUGGGAUUCAAGCUCAGACAGCGGAGUAGAGAGAGAGGAGGGUGAUGAUAUGAAAACUGGACUGAUUGCUCCAUUCCGGUGGUCAAAGGUUAGCCUUUAGCCCAAUCAGAGGGCUGGCGUAAAAGAUUGAGGGUCACAUGAACUGUUUUUAUUUCCAGCUGAAUUCAAUGGAAACAGUGACUGGGACAUUUAACAUAUGUGGCCAUCAGUGACACAUGCUGGGACAUGAAAAUCAGUUUUCAUCAGAUGAUCAUCCAGAAACCCUGAAAAUUCUCACACAGUGCUUCAAAGGCAAGACCUUCAGUUUUCUCAGGGAUGUGGUAACUCUUCCCGAUACUCGAACAGUUUGUCAUUUUGGGGCAUGAUGUUUGUACAAUAAGCAUGAAGAUAAAGCCAGAAGCUAGUUAGCCUAGCUCCUCUGUGACCAAUGAGGAUAUGAUAUGUUCAUAAUGUUCAUAACAAAUGAAAAGAUGGCGGCUAGUAUAGCAUGCUCACUGCAUCUUAAUCUGUAUAUUAUUAGUAUAGCAUGCUCACUGCAUCUUAAUCUGUAUAUU